AUACUGACCUCACGCCGCCCUCCGGAUCAAUCACUGUAUCACCUGCAGGAAGAGCACGACCUAUGGCAGCACACAACAGCGCGCCUUUCUCCGCAAGCAGCGGAACUGCUGGAGCAGCCAAUUACCCUGUCGGAGCUGUGGGCUGCAGUGACGGGCUACCGGUCGAAUUCUACAUUGCUACAUGGGAGCAUGUUGGACCAGUUCUGCUGAAGCUAUUUAACAGGAUUCUUGAAGGAGGCACAUUGACGGAUGACAUGAAAUUUGGAGUCAUAACGCUGCUAUAUAAGAAGGGUGAUAAGCGUAACGUUCGAAAUUGGCGGCCCAUCAGCCGCCUGAAUGUCUCCUAUAAGAUUCUUGCCAAGUUGUUGGCUAGGAGACUGGCGCCCCUACUACCGGGUCUCGUGCACACUGAUCAGGGAGCCUUCGUCCAAGGCAGAUCCAUCUUCGAGAAUGUGCUCAUGGCAAUGGGUGCUUUGGAGAUCAUUCAGCGGGAAGACAGGCAGGUUAUGGUGGCGAUGCUGGAUCUCGAAAAGGCAUAUGACAGGGUCAAUUGGUCGUUCGUUCUUGCAACCCUGCAGCAUAUGAACUUUGGCCCCAUGUUCCGUCUGUGGGUAAAGGAGCUCUACACGGAUUCGACGGCUGCAGUUAUUGUCAAUGGUUUCGUCUCUCCAACUUUCUCCCUUACUCGCUCGCUGCGCCAAGGAUGCCUGCUUACGUCGCUCCUUUUUGCUGUCCAAAUGGAGGUUCUCCUCAAUUCACUUAGAGCAGCUUCGCUCCUUCGAGGCCUGAAGUUGGGUAAAGGUGAGCAAUUGCUGACGGGAGCGAUUGCUGAUGAUCUCCUCUUGGUUACGGAGGCUACUCCAGACUCAAUUACGGAGGCGAAAAGCAUAUUGGACGCCUACUCACAACUCUCUGAAGCGCAGGUCAAUUGGAACAAGUCGGUUUAUUUCUUACCGACUCGCUUCAGUCUUCAAGGGGAGGCAUGGGGCAUGAAGAGAGUACCAGCUCAAGAAUCCGAAAGAUAUCUAGGUGUCCACGUGGCCUUGUCGGACGCGAGACCUGUACAAGACUACAUUUUGGUGGCGAAAUCCAAGUCCGUUCUUAAACGUUGCAGAUCAGCCGUGGGUGUCUCUCUUUUCGGAAGGGCCAUCCUCAUCACAUCAGCAGGUUUUGCACAGCUAUGGUACACUGCGACCGUAAUGCUCAUAUCAAAGUCUACCUUGAAGGCCAUUCGUGCGGACGCUGCCAAGUAUCUGUGGAAGCCCGGAGCGGAAAGUCAAGAUGGCUACAUCUCUAAAUGUGCCUGGAGUAAAGUUACCAACCCACGCAAGGAGGGAGGAUUGGGCAUUCUGGACCCAGAAACACAGAACCUAGCCCUGUUGGGCAAAUGGUUCUGUAAGGUGGCUCACAGUCUGACACAAGGGCCUGGGUGGCAAUUCUUGAGUAUAUUCUACAGCAAGAUCUCGGGCUCCUUCGCGGCCAGGACAUCUGGGCAUGUAUCUUCAUGUCCUCUUUCGUCCGACGACAGCCUUCCUCCACGUUGGCUACAGCAUGUUGGACGGCAUGGACAGCUCUUCAACCGCUGCAGUCCAAGCAGCCUACAACUCGAGAAGAGGUAAAACAACAGACCCUCUUUGACAAUCAAGCCAUUCUCGAUGG